CUCCCUGCCAUCCAGUCUGCUGUUUCCGACUCUCCCUGCUCAUCCCGGAGACUCUUCACAUCAGCACCAUGGCUCCCAAGAAAGUUGAGCCCAAGAAGCCAGAACCCAAGAAGGCUGAACCCAAGAAAGAGGCCGCUCCGGCUCCAACGGCCCCCAAACCAGCUCCACCGCCGGAGCCCGAAGCUCCCGUGGAACCCCCGUUCGAUCCCAAGUCCAUCACUCUGGAGUACUCCGCGGACCAGAUCGAAGAGUUCAAAGAGGCAUUCCAACUGUUCGACCGCACGCCGAAAGGAGAGAUGAAGAUUACGUACGCCCAGUGCGGGGACGUGAUGCGAGCUUUGGGCCAAAACCCAACCAACGCAGAUGUGCUGAAGGUCCUGGGAAAACCCAGACCGGAGGAGAUGAAUUCCAAACUGGUGGACUUUGAGACCUUCUUGCCAAUGCUGCAGCAUAUCUCCCGCUCGAAGGAUCAGGGCAACUUUGAGGAUUUUGUGGAAGGACUGAGAGUUUUUGACAAGGAGGGCAAUGGAACCAUCAUGGGGGCCGAGCUACGGCACGUCCUGGCAACGCUGGGCGAGCGGAUGACGGAGGACGAGGUGGAUCGACUGAUGGCCGGGCAAGAGGACGCGAAUGGCUGCAUCAAUUAUUCUUCAUUUGUCAAACAUAUCCUGUCAGGUUGAACUGGAUUUUUUUUUAGGGGCUAACUGAAUGGAUGGUGUGGGUAAAUAAUCAGUUUUGGUAAAUAAGAAAACUAUUUAUAAUUUUAUUUCACAGAAAUGUAUUGUUUUACUUACAACAAUUGUUUGAAUAAUAGUAUUUAAAUUGGUGUCAAACAUCACAUUGACGUUCUGUGUUUCCACAAACACUUUCUCUUCCACUACAAGACCAUUUUUCUAUACAUUCUGACUUCUGUGAAUAUGUUUUGUAGAUUUUGUCCAAUGCAUAUGUGUUCAGUCACACACAAAAAAAGUGCAAACAAUAAAAGCAAACAGAUUGG